UAAAAUGGAAUUACCAAACAAUUGAUUUUAAAAUAUCCAUGUUUAUAAUAAGAUUCUAUUGUAUACUCUAUUUUCUCGUCCAUAGUUUGAAAAUUUACUUUGGCGAAUGGGAGCCUGCUCGAGAGCGAAUUAGAGAAGACGAUUUUUGGCCAUAUGACGCGACCCUGGCAAUUGGCCAGCCCAAAAUAUACGCCGCUCAAUCCUGGUAUCAGGAAUACCAUUGGUGUGAAGAAUCACAAAAAUAUUUUGUACGCGGGUUCUGGGCACCGCAAGGUUUCCGCAGUGCGAUUUGGGUGCAUGAUAGCUUGCCACGCUUAAAGAUUGUCUUCGGUGGGCUAGGCCAGGGAAAAGCACCUCAAACGUGUUUCUUCAAGGACCUGCCGCUCAUUCCCCAGGAGGUGGGAUGCCAACCGGCUCUUAGCGCGAUGAAAUUAUCAUUCCUCCAAUGCCAUGACUGGCAGGGGACAUCCCCUAGAACUAGGGGAUGGUGGAAACUGAGACUGAAUGUGGACCAUAAAUUUAUGUUCGUUCCCAUGGCUCGAGAACACAAGGAGCACGAGGGCAAUGGAGAGGUGGAAGUGCUUCCACCAAUAGAACUGGGUAUAAAUGAGGACAACCCUGAAAAUUAG